GCUCUGCCUGUGACUUUCAGGCUUUGGCUGACUACCCCUGACCAUGCCAGCAGACCUCAGCGGCACCUGGAACCUUCUCAGCAGCGACAACUUCGAGGGCUACAUGCUGGCCCUGGGUAUUGACUUUGCAACUCGUAAGAUCGCCAAGCUGCUGAAGCCACAGAAGGUGAUUGAACAAAAUGGGAAUUCAUUUACCAUCCACACAUACAGCAGCCUAAGGAACUAUCUCGUUAAAUUCAAGGUUGGAGAAGAGUUUGAGGAAGAUAACAAAGGCUUGGAUAACAGAAAAUGCACGAGCUUGGUUACCUGGGAGAAUGACAAACUCACUUGUGUACAGAGAGGGGAGAAGAAGAACAGAGGCUGGAGCCAUUGGAUUGAAGGGGACCAGCUCCACCUGGAAAUGUUCUGUGAAGGCCAGGUGUGCAAACAAACAUUCCAGAGAGCCUGAACUAUGUCCAGCCUCAGAGCCCACUGGAGGCGACUGUUAGUGCUGAAUUGCCUUGCAGAAGGAACAGGUGUUGAUCUGUCUUGGUUUGAAGAAGGGCCUUGUAAUUGGAAGAAUGUCACCCACCUGUACUAGAAGU